AUGAAGCUCAACGUGCCAAGUCUUUCGAGUCCAAACAGCACCAGUAUGUCCAUUGCACUGGCACUAACUGUGGCAUUGCAGGUGUUGAUUUACCGUAAAACGAUACAGGAUGUUGUCCGCGACGGCCGUAAGCGCCUAUUAGUUUUCAAAACAAUGCACCGUCGCUUUGGUAAUCAACGGCUUAAGCGUCUCAACAGUCUUGGCAACGAUCGCAAGUCUCAGUGGAUGUGGAAGAAAGGGUCAGGGGUUUCUAGUGCUAUGGCAAGUGGCGGCAGUGAGGCAAACGCCGAGGAUACAAGCAGUACUGAUGGCUUCAUGACCUCGCAAAAGAAGAUUGUGCUUGUCAUGGUGGGACUACCUGCUCGUGGAAAGAGCUUUGUGGUGCACAAGACAAUGAGAUACAUUGAGUGGCUAGGCUUUCCCACGCGCAUGUUCAAUGUGGGCAACUUGCGGCGGAAAUUGGGCAAGGCAGGGGAGAAUGCCAACUUUUUCAGUCCCAACAACGCGGACGCCACGCGACUGCGUGAGGAGAUGGCUAUGAAUGCGCUUGAUGAAUUGCUUGAGUGGGUUGAGACGGAGGGACACGUGGCGGUCUUCGAUGCGACCAAUACAACCAAGCUGCGCAGGCAACACAUACUAAAGAAAGUGAGCUUGCACCGCAAUAUUCGAGUCGUGUUCGUAGAAAGUGUUUGCGACAAUGAGGAGCUGCUUGAGGCAAACUACCAUCGAAAGCUCUUAAAUGCUGAUUAUAAGGAUAAAGAACCCGAAGUGGCCCUUGUUGAUUUCAUGCAGCGUGUGCAGGAAUAUGAAAAGGUCUAUGAGACCAUUGAAGACACAGAGGAUGACGGCAAUGCGUGCUACGUCAAGGUAUACAACGCCGGCGAAAAGAUUCAAGCGCGACACUGUCAGGGUUUUCUCCAAAGCCAGAUCGUGUCGCUCCUUCAAAAUAUCCACUUAGGCCCACGUCGAAUCUGGCUUGUGCGCGUGGGACCAAGUGUCACGAGCUGCAAGGGCAUUCUUGGCCUCGAUACAGAUCUAGCGCCAAAAGGGCACCGGGUGGCGUAUGCUAUUAUGCGCUUUGUGGAAAAUCUGGAGCUCGAGCGUCCAAUGGAGAUAUGGACAAGUCCGAUGAAGCGGUCUAGAGAAACGGCCAGUUAUCUACCCACUCGCAACUUGAAACGCUACGUGACUACUACGCUGCUCAACGAGCUGGGAGGCGGUGACUUUGAAGGUCUUACGUACGAGGAGAUUGAACGCUUUUAUCCAAAACACUAUGCUGCGCGGCUCCAGGACAAGCUACGCUAUCGUUACCCUGGUGUGGGUGGUGAGAGCUACGUUGACGUGAUCUCGCGUCUGCGUUCACUGAUUCUAGAGUUCGAGCGCAAAAAGCGUGACGUGUUGGUGAUUUGCAGUGAGUCCAUCUUGCGUUGUCUCAUGGGCUAUUUUUCUGGGUGUGAGGCCGCUCAGGUUCCACACUUACAGAUUUACGAAGACACUGUUAUUGAGUUGAAACCGCACCGGGAUGGCUGCGACAUCAAGCUGAUUCCGCUCGAGUUCGAGGAGGGUGCCGUAUAG